CUAGUUUUCACUUUAGGGGAAGUAUACUGCACUCUGCACAUAAUAUUUAUCACACCAGUCACAAUUUUUUGACUAAUUCUGCUCGUGACAUAAAAAUAGUUGGAUGAAAGGAAUCAAAUCAAAUAAUCUUUUAGUAUUACAGAAGUUGGACCUAGUCUAAUUUCAUUUGUUGAUUAUUGGGCGAUAAGUCCCCAUCUUCACAGCAGAAUCUGCAAGGGGAUGCUGUGGAAGGAGACUUCGAGGAUACAGUGUAGCUGUCUCUUUUCGAACAACUUUGUAAUCACUUUUGUUGUUUAUCACUCCAUAAGAAGUGAAGAUGAGAUUAUUCUUCGGCGAACCUUAUCUUCACUUCUAAUGGAGUGAGCUUGUUUUUAAUUCAAGAUUAUUCUUUUCAUAACUUUCGAGGCUUUUGUUUUUGCCCAUAUUGUUGUACUGGAAAUUUAAUUGAAUUCUGCCUUAAUCUGUGUGAGACCUUUUGGAAGGUCCUAGUGCAAUGAAUGAAGCUAUAUCCAAUUUAUUGUGAUACUUUCCCCUUAUAAAGCCAACACUGCUGCACAAACACAUUUAAUGGCGGUUCACAUGUCACUCUGUAUAGUGCUUGCCGUUUUAUUCUCCGUUUUCCUAUCUGCAUUUUCCUUUGCAGAACUAAGCAAUGCUGGUUUCACUGUGGACCUUAUCCACAUAGACUCGAUUUCUCAACAGAAAAAUUCCACAUCCAUUUACUGGGACCUUGUGAAUCGAGCAAUCCAACGGUCCAAGAAUCGUGCUGAUCGUCUGGCUUUCAGGUCAUUUGUUUCAGCUGUGCCAGAAGCCGAUCUUGUGGCCUCAGAUGGAGAUUUUCUGAUGAAACUUUCACUUGGAGAGCCAGCUGUCGAGAUUAGAGGUGUUAUCGAUACAUCGAGUGCUCUUUCUUGGACACAAUGUGGUCCAUCUGAUCAUUCCUUUACCCAAAUACUGCCUCUCUUUAUUCCAAAAUCGUCUUCGACUUACAAGUCUGUUCCAGGUUCUUCAAACCUCUGCAAGUCUCUCGGAGGCAGGCCUUCGAUUGUAGGAGACAACACGUGUCGAUAUUCCGUGAAUUAUCUACACGGCUCCUACUCUCACGGAACUAUCUCAACCGACACACUCAGGACAAACUCCGGAUCCACCUCACCUAUGAUCCUUCUUCGGAAUUUCACUUUCGGUUGCAGUUAUGAAAAUGUCGGCAAGUUUAAACCGGAAGCUACUGGCGUGAUAAGCUUGGGAGGCGGGCCCGCUUCCUUCAUCGCCCAAAUGAAUUCUGUAAUUGGCGGCAAAUUUUCCUACUGUUUACUUUAUCAAGGUCAAAGAGUCUUGAAGUCGAGCAAAAUGCAUUUCGGCUCGAAAGCAUUGGUCUCCGGGGCAGAUGUUGUGUCCACUGGCCUCCAAAUUUUACGAAAUUCGUAUGCUUUGAAAUUUAAAGGUAUAAGCGUAGGUAAAAGCAAACUGGCCGCCUCUUCGAAAAUUCUGGGCCUUUUCAGCGAAAGAAUCAUCAUUGACCCUGGAACUGUGCUGACUCAUCUCCCGAGGAAAAUUUACGAACCUUUAGAAGCUGCCAUGAAGAAGGAAAUCAAGUUCGAGCUCGUUCAACCGAAGGAUGUGCUGAGGCUGUGCUAUAAAACAGUCGAUGGCAAAAUGAGAGCGCCGAUUGUUACGGUGCAUUUUGUGGGCGCUGCUGUUAGGUUGUAUCCUGUGAACACGUUUAUCAAGGUCUCGCAGUACGUGCAUUGUCUCGGUUUUGUGCCGCAUGAUGGGGUUGCCAUUUUCGGAAACUUGGCGCAGGUUAAUUUCUUGGUAGGGUAUGAUUUGAGGAGAAAGAUGGUGUCUUUUAAACAGACUGAUUGUAGCAAGGAUUGAGUAGUAAUAGAAUAGCUAGCAGUUUGAAUGGUUUUUUACUACUGUGUGGAGAGGAUAUUUUAUGCAUUGAUAAUGGGAUUAUGAUGUGC